GAUCGACCCCGUCGGAAAGAUUUCCCAGGGUCUGCGAGUUUUCUUCAGAGGGUGGAUUUUCCAUUUAAAAUGAUGUCAGCUCGUAGUGCGUGACUGUUGCCGAGAAAGUAUUUUCGUGUUUUGGGUUCCACGUGCUAGUGCUGAUAGAUCGUUCGUCAUGGGUACUGUGCUGAGUUUUUCGCCCCGCGACAGGGCAAGGCCUCUAUACACCACUACGAGCACUGGAGACUUCGCCUUAAAUAAUUUUUCUUAUGAACAACUGAACAAUGUAAAAAACAAUAGAGACUGUACAAGUAACAAAGCUAAUUUAAGUCAUUCAAAUACGCAAACGUUGAACAAUAUAAAUAAUAACGAUAAUGCGCGAAUAAUAUCGGAGAAAAAUGCGUUAGAGAAAAAUCUGAAGAAGCACUCCCUGUUUAUAAACGCCCUUUCGUGGAAACGAUUUUCCACUACAAACAACAACAAAAAGAAACAAGAAAACAUCAAGAAUAAAAAUAUCACAGUGUUCAGACAACCGUUGGACAACAUCCAUCCGCCAGUGGACAAAAACAAGAACAUCCAACAGCAGCAACAGUCCAACAAACAGCCAUCGUCAUACUACAACAGUACCUCAAAGUCAGCUCUAGCACUCGACAUUGUUCGAGUGAACAAUGCCAACAAUACAAACUACAAUCUGCACUGUGAAAAACUCACGAAUAAACAAUGCUUGCCGAGUCAAAGGGAGUCGAAUCAGGUCGUUCCGGUGGCCGGACCUAGACGGACUGUGAUUCAGGCUUCUACUUCGGAGUUGUUGAAAUGUUUGGGGAUGUUUUUGGAUUCAAGAUGCUACAAAUUGAGGGACUUUCAAGCCGGCGAUGCCGUUAUGUGGCUGAGGACUGUCGAUCGAAGUCUUUUAUUACAAGGAUGGCAGGACGUCGCCUUCAUAAAUCCCGCCAACAUUGUCUUCGUCUACAUGCUAGUACGAGAUCUAGUCGAAGAAGACAUUGAUUGUGAACAAGACCUCCAGGCUGUGGUACUCACUUGCUUGUAUCUAUCUUAUUCGUAUAUGGGAAACGAAAUUUCCUAUCCGCUCAAACCAUUUUUAGUCGAGGAUUCUAAGGAGAAAUUUUGGGAUAGGUGCCUGGAAAUAGUGAAUCGUCUUUCUUCCAAUAUGCUGCGCAUCAAUGCGGAACCAGGUUACUUCACUGAAAUCUUCUCAGAGCUGAAAGCCUUCGGCAUAGGCCACAUUGUCAGCAACAAUCUUUCCACCAUGGGUUGCCAAACAGUACCAGUGGUGUCGUGUAACAGUGGCAGUACCCAGGCGGCUUGACGUAAGGAACAAGCUACAGUCGUCAAGCUUAGCUUAGCCGAAAUACCGCCGGUACCUUGCGAGGUCUAGCAUCAGAUUUUUCCGAAAAGGGGCUGGAGAUAAGAAAGUGUGCCGCGAACAGAGAAAAGUUGAGUGUUCAUCAAUCAAACGCUUUUCCAAUAAUAUUUUAUCUAAUGUUGUAGGUUUGUUAAGGAAAACGACACGUUUUGAUUGGUUGAAUAUUAGAAAAAAAUUAAAGCAGUGAUUGGUGCUGAUCAAUAUAUUUAUGUAAAUAAUUAUAAAAAAAAUGCUGAAAAACUUUUUUUCCGAAUAACGAAAUUUAGAUCAGUCUCAAAAAUAAAGGCCAAACUUGCUUGUUUGUUUUUAAGUUUCGAUUAUUGAUUUAGCAGUGUGGCUUUUUAAUCCAAUAACCAUUCAAUUUCAGAAACUUUAAAAAAGUACACAACUAAAUCAAUAAAUUGUCUAUUAAUACUUAUCGCUUUGCGUGCUGGUAUAAUUGCAAAUGUUCAAAUGACGUGCCAACAAUUUUAUACUAAAGAUUUUUUCAAUGCCCACUCAAAACCAUAUUAUUAUCGCACUCAUUUGAACAUGAAUAUUUUUCAUUUUUGAUACUUUUGUUUGUCCGUAAGUUUAUUCCAAUAUUACUAAAAACCAAUCAAGUUUUUGAUAAGAUUAGAACAGACUUUAUAUAAAUUGUUGUGCUAGUUUAGAAUAAAUUAGUAGCGUGUAUUUUAACUUUACACCAAUUUUCGAAACAAUUAUUGUAAAAAUACUUUCUUUAAAACAAUAGGCACUUUUUCCAAAAGAAAAAAAUCUGUAAUUUUAAAAAGAAUCAUUCAAGUGUAGAUAUAAUAUUUAUAGCAAUUAAUAUUAUUAGUUAAAAUAUAAGAGAAAAGAACUCUAUAUUCCAAAAAAAAAUUAAAUUAUUUCCUGGGGUCGGGGAUCGUGCAAUUCUUUAGGAAAAAAUGUAUCGUCAUUUUAGCGUCUAAGUAGAAAAAUUAAAUUAACGCGAAAAUUUUGUUACCACGUAACAACAAAAAAUGUGUAGAUAAUAUUUGGAUAAUGUAUAAUUUAAUAAGACAUUGAAGGGUGUGUCACUUUGUUUUCCACAUAAAAUGGGCAAACUACGUCCUUCUAGUUCAUAUAAAUUGUGUUCCUUUUUUGAACAAUCCUUCAAAAGCCCUGUACAUAGAAAAAAAUAAUGGUAUGACCUACCAACUUAAUAGUUGGUAGUUUUUACUAUACAAAAAAAAAAGAUGUUUUGCGAUUUUUCUAGUGUAAUAUUUAAUAUAUAAGCGUUAGAAAAAUUAACCCCUCGUAUGAUAUUAAUAAUAUAAAAGUUUUUCUUACCACACAUUAUUAAUAAAUAAGUACAUAAUUGUUCAAACUGUAGCAAUCGUUUUGCCUGCAUCCAUCAAUAGGUGAAAAUCUGGCAGCUACAAGAUUAUGUUUUUAAUGUGAUGUAUUUAAUGUUGAUGAUGAUAUUUGUUUUUUGUUGAUAUUAAUAACUUUUUGUCUGUGAUUUAUUUCAUUAUUGAUUGCUUCGUAAUGCGUGAUUUUACUUAUUUAUUUAUUUAUUUAUUUAUUAUCUAUUUGCUCCAAGCAAACUAUUUAUUCUUAUUAAAGUAUUUUUGUAUAAAGGGAAAUAAUUGUCAAAUUAAAUUUGAGGGUGAUGUAUGAAACAUGUUAUAAUAAACUUUUUGGUUGUCUACGUGAUUUUUUUCACUUUUUGGUUCAAAGUUAAGUUGCAAUAGAAAUAGCCUGAAGUACUUACGAUUUACGUGCGGUGACUUUUUGUCUAUUAAAUAGUGGUUUGGAGAGAUUGCGUUGAAAUAAAUGUAGGGAAAAUAA